UCCAGCUGCUGCGUGCGAUCAAACCACAUUCCAGUCACAGAUCAGCGAGUAAUUCAGCAAUACGUAGAGCAGUGGCAGAUCAGCGGUAAAUCAGCAGUAGAUCGGUACACCCUUGGUCACCGGUCAUGGCUGCCGUGGGGUUAUCGCUGGUGUGCAAUCAGUGCGGCACGCAGCUAGCCAGCGCGGACGAGGCUCAGCUGCACGCCGAGGUCACAGGCCACACGGACUUCGCCGAAUCCACCGAGCCCGUGCUUCGCCUGGUGUGCGACGACUGCAGCAAGCCAUGCCGCUCAGCCACGGAGCGCGACCUGCACACGAAGCGGACGGGUCACACGGCGUUCUCCGACGAGACGGCUGCAGCGGCCAAGCCGCUCAACCUCGCUGCUGCUUCAGGGUCAGCAACAGGGGGUGGCGAGGAGGGGGGAGCGAAGGCAGUGGGGAGUGGGGAAGGGGGUGCGGGGGAGGGGGAGGAGAUGGUGGCGCCGUGGGUGAAUCCGGACCUGCUGGCGGACCUAGAGGCCAUGGGGUUCUCGCACAACAGAUGCGUGCGCGCCCUGCACUCGUCAGGCGGCGAGUCCAUCGAGAGUGCAGUGGCGUGGAUAGCGGAUCAUGAGAACGACCCAGACAUCGACACACUCCCACUUGUGCCAGCAGCAGAGAGCAAGCCAAAGAAGCACCUGACACCAGAGGAGGCAAAGCGACUGGCAGACGAGCUCAGGGAGAAAGCAAGGAGGAAGCGCGAAGAGGAGGAGAAGCAGCGGGAGAAGGAGCGGGAGAGGGAGCGGAUUCGAGCAGGCAAGGAGUUGCUGAUCGCCAAGCAGAAGGAGGAAGAGGAAGAGCGCAAGAGGCGCAUUGAGUUCCGGAGGCGGGAGAAGGAGGAAGAGCAGCGAGCGAGGGAGAGGAUCCGACAACGACUGGAAGAGGACAGGCAAGAGCGGCGCAGGCGACUGGGGUUGCCGCCAGAGGAGCCCAAGCCCCCGGCCGCCGCCGCUGCUGCUGCUGCUGGCGCCAGCGCUGAGGGGAGUGCGACAAAAGGAGCAGCAGAGCAGGAAAAGUUGCAUCUGCCAGUGAGGCCAGCGUCCUUGGUCGAGAAGCUGAGGGGCGCUCUUCGCACGCUCAAGCAGGCACACAAGGAGCAAGAUGCGCAGGUGAAGGUGGCGUAUGAGACGAUGCUCAAGUACAUCAGCAACAUCGCACAGCGCCCCGGCGAGGACAAGUUCCGCCGCAUCCGCCUCGCCAACGCCGCCUUCCAGGAGCGCGUUGCUGUGUUCCCAGAGGCCAUUGACUUCCUGCUACUCUGCGGCUUUGAGAAGGACGCACAGGGGGAGCACCUAGUGAUGUCUGCGGAGAAAGCAGCUCCGGAAGUGCUCAAUGCAGCAGGGGCAGAGCUGCACUCAGCCAUCAAUAAUCCCUUCUUUGGCGUGCUCUAGAUGUCAAACAUAUGUGUGUAUGUUUAGUAGACUACAUAGGGUCAUGGCAUAGAGAGUACAACCCACUAGCUAUAUACCCCUGUGUACUCCCAUUCUACUCAACAAUCCAAACUCUGA